UCCGUCGAAUCGCGCAGCAGUCGAUGGUGCCUUUUCGAUUGCGUUGGAUGUGUGUAGUGCGGUGUGUGACGUAAAAGCGGACCAUUGCUGCUUUUAACCCAAUAAAAUAUCGCAAAUCAAGUUACAAGGCCAAACCCCAAUCUACAUGCAGAAAAUUCACCGAGCACUGAGUGGAGCAACGCGCACAGCUGCCGUUUUUUGCUUUUAGUUUAUAUUGUUUCACUUUACGGCCUGCUGGGCAUCCCGUUAUGCUGAAAUCUGGAUUUACGAGUUUGAAACGUUAAAAAAGGGCAUUCAUCGAUUCUCACGUGUGCUCUGUAUUGGAAUCCUCCGACUGGAAAACCUAGUGUAAUUGUGCAUCAAAAAGGCUCUAGCAGCUAGUGUGAUUAUCAGUGCGUGUUAUCAGUGGAUUCUCCAACAUCGAAGCUAAUGGUACACACACAUUACAGUUAGUAGUGAAAGAUAUUUUUGGUUCCCGUACACUGUACAGGAGUGACCCUGCAACCGGUGUGAAGUGAACUGGUAUUGCUUCCAUUAUUCGGCAUCCCUCACAUCGCAUGCUUUGUGUGUGUGUCUAGUUGCAAUAUUGUCUGCAAUCGACGUGCAUUAACGGGAUAACAAUCCCGUUAUCAGUGAUCUUUAGCAGCAGCGAGACGUCCCGAAAUCAUUAACCUGGGAUCUAACGAUCGACAAUUGGAUUUUCGGACAAUUGGAUAAUCGGACGAGGAUAAAAGUGAAUAUUUUCCUGAACCACUGGAUUGACUGGCUGGUUGGCAUACCGGCAUAUGCAGAGUAAAGGAAAUCAUUUAGCAAAAGACGCAAAGGAUAUUAUAAAACAAUACAACAGGAUACUCAAAAUACCCUUUUGCCUUUUAGGAAGGAUCCGAUUAUCCCACUGCAACGCUCUAUCCGGUUUGGUAACGUGCCGCGAACUAGUAUGGAUCACUCAGAACACCACGACUACAGCCAAAUCCCGAUGAAUCUGUCGGCGGGGGCAAAUGUGCACGAUGGUCACCAUGCCGCAAUGGAUCACGGUUCGCACGGUCAUACGGUAUCCGAUAGUAUAGAAUUAGCGAUAGACCGUCAUGCCGACGGUAGCCACGGAGGGCACAGUUCCGGGGCGGGGGCCACGGUUCACCACAUGAUGUCGAUGGCGUUUCACGGAGGCUACAACGAGACAAUUUUAUUCGAUCAAUGGAAAAUCGACAGCCUCAGCGGGCUGCUAUGGUCAAUGCUGGUGAUCUUCAUCAUGGCCGCGUCGUACGAAGGCCUCAAGUAUUAUCGGGAACAUCUGUUCUGGAAGACGUACAAUGCUCUGCAGUAUCGGCCCGUAACAGUAACGGAGAAAAAUCCUCAGAAUAGUAACGUCGCCAACAAUAACGACACCAUGGCCAACGGCGGCGGAGGAGACGAUGGCUCCCGCAUUGUACACAUGGUUGGCGAAGUGAUCCACAAGCAACCACCAACAAUGCUAUCUGUAAUGCAUCUCUUCCAAACGUUCCUGCACAUCCUCCAGGUCACGCUAAGUUUCAUGCUGAUGUUGAUCUUCAUGACCUACAACACUUGGCUCUGCAUAGCCGUCGUUCUCGGUGCUGCUCUGGGAUACUUUUUGUUCGGCUGGAAGAAAUCGGUGGUUGUGGAUGUCACCGAACAUUGCCACUAGGGGCAGGCCUAUGGAGUCGACAGACCGUCACCUCUCGUAACGACAUUGCGAGUUUGCAUCCACUGGUUACCCGGGAGUUUUUCGAUCUAGGUACCGUCGGGGUAGGUACAGUUACCAGGAAGAUACUAGAACAGGUUAGGCGGCGGUCUGCAACACAAGAAACUCCAAAAUAUUUUUAAAGUAAAUUGUAAUAUAGGAGAAUUGCGAGGAAAAGACUUAAUUAUUUGGUCGAUUGUUUCACACAAACUGCAAAAAGAUCGUAAAAGUUAGGGCCGCAUCAAUUUGAAUCCAGUUUUGUUUUGUAAUUGUAAUAUAAACAAAUAAUUAGUUUUAUCCCAAUGAUGAUUCUCAAAGUAUACUGCAAAACAGAAGAAAAAAAACAAAUAAAGAAUUGAUGUAUUAAAGCGAUCCUCCGAUGGGGUUUUCCCCGGAUAUAUUGUAAAAAAUAUCUAAUUCAGGAGCAAACGAUAGAGAGAGAGAAAACAAAUAAACUAUAUGUAUAGUUAUUAAUGGUACACACUUUCUGUACAGUGUAUUGCUAAACUGUAGUUUGCCUCACAAGUCAACAACCGGUCAUCGUUAAACUUGCUAGUAAAAUAGCUUUCAACAAAAGAAACAAGCAAUCAGUGCCUAGUGCUAUGGAUAACGACUGAAAUGUGUGCGCUAUUUUUGAGUUGGUCUUCCAGUGUGUAAGGAAAAGCUUAAGCAGGACUGAUUUUGGAACAUGGUAAAAAAAAAACUAGCUCAUACAGAAUUGCAACAUUUCUAAUUUGUAUGAAAGGAAAUUCUUAGAUUGCUUCGAAUCGAGAUAUGUUGCUUAAUAAGUAGCUAUAAAGUGAGGAAAUUUUAUAUAGAAUGCGCUGUUGAAUUUUGAAUUCGUAUCUCCGUGCCUCAAUAUCAGUCUAGAAAUAUAUUGCUUAUCGUACAGAAAUGAAUCUUAGCAGACUUGGUAAAUGUGCUUUCGACCUGCUGUGCUGUGACUUCGACAAAUUGCUAAUGAGAAGGGCAUUUAAAAAGUUACCCAUAAUAACAGGCACUGGAUUGCAAUUAAACAAUGUUUGUUCAUAGUGCUAAACACUUAGCCGAUUAAAACAAAUGAUAUAAAAGAAAAAAAAAGGUUCCUGACAUAUCCCCAAUAUCAGUGUGAUGCAAACAACAGCUAAUCUACCAACAGCGCAUCCCUGUGAUCGUUACUAAAUUAACUAAAAUGUUCCAUCGAAAUUCGCACUGGGAAAAGACACAAAACUCGGCUGCAAAGUAUAGCCACUGUUAUCCUUUUUUUUCUUAUACCUACUGUUGCUUUUUUGUACCUUAGCACCUUUCUGAUAGAAAUUACUGAUUUAAAAGAGAUGGUGGUUUUUACAUAGAGAAUAGCAAUUGUUACAGUGCAGGUUUAAAUCUAUAACAAAUGGUGCAAAAUGAGUUGCACAAGAAAAAAUUACCGUACGUUGCUCCGCAAUUCUGCGACAAGACUUGUUGGUUAAUUAGAUUAUUUUUUGUUAUCUUGAUACUGGUCGGCAAAAUUUACAGUAGAAAACAAUGACAAAGUUCUCCUAAUGUAUUUUUGCGAGCAUUAUUUGGAAGAUGAUAGUAUAAAAUACCGUUUUCAAUUUUCUCGCGAAACAAAUGUGAUGUUCAGUCGACAAGUUCAAUCGCGUUUGAUUCGAUCAUUCAUCCUCUGAAAAUGUUCAUUCAGUUCACACAAUCAUCCUAGUUUAGACUGCAAGUAGUUAUCUGCAAUAUUAAGUACCUACGAUAAAUUUAUGCUUACCAUAAUUUCGAACGACGACAAACCGUAACUUUAGAAGUGAUAUAUCAAUACAAUAGUAAAAACUCUAAGGCAUUCAAAAAAUUCCCCCGCCUGAUGUUUUGUUUUUGUCUGCCUGUGCCAAGCAA